ACCAGCCUCCAAGACUCCUUCGACGACUCGCGCGCGGAGCUGCUCGAGCACGUCAUCCCCACCGCAAAGACGCCCAACGCAAGCCUGCAGGGGCUGGCUGGCAGAGUGAAAUCUACAUGCUCGCCCAUUGUUGCACGGGUCGAGCGCCGCCUCGACGGCGUCGGGGCCGCGCGGCAGGGCCGCUCCAAGCAGUUGCUCUUCCUCCAGGAAGAGGUCAAUAAUCUCGAGCAGAAGCUCGCCAUCGUCAGGGACACCCCCAACGAGCUGCCCAUGCGUGACGAGCGGGGGCUGCUGGGCGACCCCACGGAAAAGCGCUUCGCGGUCAAGUCCAAAGGCAGCUGGCAGUUCGCG